AUACCACAUACAUAUAAGUUACAAGGGCACAUAUCACUCCAGGGAGACUCCACAUCUUAUCACUCGCCAUAAAUCCACGGCUCGCCAGGCCAUCGUCGACGCAGAAACCACCUCUCCCCCAACAAUCGAAGCAAUCUUUCGGCAUGUCUAAGCCCAUCGGAUUGGGGGGUAAGGGGGGAGGAAAUUGGGGGCCUCCAACGAGCAAUCUUGGUCGGAAGAAGGCCGGACCGGUUGUAGAUGGUGUGAAAAAAGCUGCGAGAUACCCACCUGGUAGGGUGGCUGAUGCAGAGAUUAUCAAAUACCAGAAGGAUGGGGGAUACCUUAUCCCCAAGGCCCCAUUCAACCGUCUCUGCCGGGAAAUUGUCUCUGACUUACCGUUAGAUCAGCGACUUCGCUUGCAGGGGUCUGCCAUUGAAGCCGCUCAGGCUGCGACAGAGGAAUAUAUGGUGCUCAUUAUGGCUGGUAAGUUUAUCUUUGAUGUAACUAAGAUAUUAUUUGCUAAUAUACUUUUCAUAGCUGCUGGACUGGGGGCUGCCCAUGCCUCCCGUGCUACUGUCCAGGCCUCCGACAUAACGCUGGUGGUUAAUAUUCUUCGUGUGAUGGCAGGGGAGGCGGAUAAACAGAAUACGGAGCAGGAGGGUGAGGCUGAGGAGGAUGACGAUGGUGGAGAGGGGCCUUGGGGGGAUAGUGGUGAAGACGAGGAGGAAUAAAAUUAGCUUAGCAUGAUAGAUAGAAAAUAAGCAGGUUAGAAAUCAGCAAAAUAUACAGCGGUUUCCUUCUUUGAAUCUCCCUCCUUCCGUCUCGCGCACACCUAUCUCUCACAAUCGGCACCUCAUAACAACAACUUCCAGGGCAUGUAUUACACUAGUCUAGUUUUGAAUGUUGAAGAUUAACCUUGUAGACCUCUCCUAGGUCACCGGUCUUGUUCCCCUCGGCAAGGGUAGUGGUCAUCAGCUAGCUUUCCCCACCGAUCCGUCUCAGCAUGUACA